UCCAGACCGCCCGUCCAGCUCGAUCUCGAUCGAGGGACUUCGCGUAUUACUUUCAUUGUGGACACGAAUCUCGAUGCUGUUUGAUUAACAAAGUACAUACGUCUUCAUUUGUCAUUCAGACCCAUGGUAGACACAUACUCGGGUCGCUCUCACUAUCGCCUUGAGGAUUAUACUGCUGACCCGAUUUUUACCUUGUCAACACACGUUUUACGGAAGUUUAAAUUUGUAUUAUGAUGGCUCAAGGAUAGCAUCGGGACAACGGAAUUUCAUCAACGACCGAACGCUUCUUCAGGUUGUACAACUGGAUAUCAUUUGAAGCUUCACUGAAAAGGUGUGACCCAUGACUUUUGAAAGAUUCGAUAAAUAUUAUUUCUUCCAUUAACGAUCCACCACCUCCUUUAAUUUCGGAUCGCACAUUAAGCUUGGAAAGAGCAGGCCCUCGGGCUAGAAUAUUUGAUAGCAGUUUGUUUUGUUUUUCUCAUCAUUGCGUGCAGACGACUGUUCUUAGGUUAAUGUUGGCCUUUAUAUAGGUUGGUGAAUCAGGGUUGGAGUACUAAUGGUAACGAGACAGGGUACUACAUGCGACAUACCAGUGAAAAUAUUGCAUAUUCUUCGUGGCAACGCCCGUGCACAUUUCCGUUAUUGGUUCCCACUAAAUUGUGCGGAUCAUAUUCAAUGUAACAAGGCAGGAGUCCAAUGAGGACUAAUUUUCGUGGUGAAUCUCAAAAUUAACAUUGACACACAGGACGUUUCAAUAUUAAGUGCAAUCGGUAAUCUGAGAUGAUGGUGAUAAGAGUCUACUGUGAACGCACUCCAACUCCAGUGAUUUUUUGUUAAUGUCGAGAUUCGGGUGUCUUGUAACUCUGUAAUUAACCUGCGAUGAACCACGGUGAAUGAACAUGCUUCCGGCGCCGACGAUGAGCAAGGGUUUCAGACUGCAGAACCUUGAUGAGCUGAGCUCGGAUGAGGAGUCUGAGUGCCCGAUCUGCGUGACCGGGAGGAAGAUAAGUUCUAUCAGGAUCCCAUCGGCACGGAAGGAGAACGAGGUGGACAGGGAUGAGGUAGAGCAGAAUGGGGACUGUCCCCCACAAGGCUUUCUGGACAGCGGACCCUUAACCGCUGCGGGAUAUGAUCUUGACCAUGAGUAUGACUACAUCAUGCAGAAGGCGAUGACGUCCUACCUCUCUCAUCGUGAUGAGGAAAAAGAACCCACCCCAUCACCUGCACGAUGUAGGAGCGCCGUGCCUGCCAACUAUACCGCCAGGAAAUACUUCGCAAGACGCCCUGUCCAGAGUGCGCGGUUACCCCCAAAAGUGGAACGGGUGGAGACUGUCCCUCCGACGGUUUCUUUAGAUCUGGACUACAGUGCCGCAUGCCAUACUCCUAUGAGUUUAAGACCAAAAAGACGUCCACUUACCGCCACUGUCAUUCGCUACCCGAUCACAGGUCAGAAGAUGUCCAGUGUCAAAAAGAAACUGCCAUGGUUUAAGAGUGCCAGUGAACACACCACGCCGACCAAGAUGAACUUCGGGAGUAGCAGCAGCAAGGAUAAGGGAGAGUAUAAAUAUGAUGGGGGAUUCUUCAACCAUCGUAAGACACGUAGGGAUUUCACCAUACAUCCGGACUGGGUGUCGGAAAACUUGACAGUGGAGAAAUUAAACUUAAACAAAAGGAAAGGCUACCCGCCUUUGGACUGUAGGUACGCUACGUUCCCAAUGAGGCGGUGCAAAAGUGCACCGCCACCAAGGGCGCGGAAUCCGAUCACGUGGCAAGACUGACGGCAGGAGUGACGUCUGGGAUGCUUUCAACAUGCAAUUAUUUAUUUUUUAUGCUGACAGCCUCGCGGUGCUCACAUCAGAGAAAGGGUGUGGUCCAUUCACUGCUUCGGUUCUUGCAUCAACUCUGAUGCCAGGGAUUCAUGUCGUCACUUCCUGUGACGUUGAUUGUGCAAUCUGAUGAUUUUCUGUAACGGUAUAUUCGAAGGAUCUCUAUGUAAAUUUGCUUUUAUAGCGGGAACAUGUAAAGCCUUUAUACAUUUUGGACGUAGCGCUGACGCUUCUUAUACAAGACUUCUUUAUUUUGCUACAAACAUUUUCAAUGCGAUGUUGCCGGGUAUUCGGUGGGGACCGGAAUCGGCCUACAUGGUCGUUUGAAACGGAACGCUUGAGCUAAGUUUGAGGACAGGAGGUGGUCAGUGAUUUGUCUUCAGCCAAUUGAGAUUAGUUUAGCUUCCGAUCAUAUCAUUAAAGGGUAGGAUUCAUAAAAAGGUAUAGAAUAUAAAACGGUAUGGGAGAUAUUCCUAAUGAAGUUGGGCGAUAUAGAACUACCCUCGUGAACUUGGCGGUGAUCUAUCAGUGCUACAGCGUAUGUGUUAAUCCUUUCCUUGGUGGAAACUGCAUGCACCUUUCCCUUUAAUGGUUUGAUAAUAUUGUCAAACCUCAUGGUAUUGGUCUGAGAAAUGUAGUGUAAGUCUUGCCCGCGUUGUAAAUAGUGUCGUCCAGUUGUUGGAGUCAUUGGGCGAUUCUUGUUGGACAUAAAGAUUGUAAAGAGUGUUGUUCCGCCACAGUGGGCGUGGUUAUCAUGGAUUGUAGUCUAUAAGAAGUUGUCUUGUCUUGAUUCAUUUAAUUUGGAGAGGUUUUCACCAAAGCAGGAUACAGAGAGUUCAACUGGAUUUUUCAGGGACAUUUUGUGAAGUACAUCUUUAAUUGGUUUACUAGGACGGUGGCUGUGACUCAUUUUCUGUGUUCGGUUUGACACUAUACAGUAUACCCCAUUCGUUUCCAGCGCGCGGAUGUAAGCUCAUUUAUAUCAUCCAUGGUCUUACAUGUACAUAUGACAGAUCAGUCGAUUAGGAUGGUAAUCCUAAAGACUGUAUAUGUCUGUUUGCUACGUUCGAGAAUCUCACAGAAGGCAGCGACGAAAAUAUUCGUCUGUUCCAUCCAUCCUUCAGGAAACAACUUGCAUUUAAGAUUGGAUAUCUUCUACCAAGAUAGGUACCAUUGGUAUUGGUCGAGAUAUACACAAUGUGCCGUGAGUAAACCAAUCUAUCGGCAUGAAGUGAAAUUCGAUAGGCACUCUCCCAACGCGACGGUUUGUGUCUCAAAAUUCCGUCUUGUUGGGAAAACUCAAACGCAAUCGGAAGCGAAGUAAAAGAGUUGAACGAUACUUUAAAUCAUUAGUCUCUCGCGGGCUGCUUUAUUUCGUUUUGUCCAUUCCACAGACAUGAUGGGGUCUGUUUAUAGUCUAUACCUUCAUUGUGACGAACGGAGGAUGGAGGGUGACGUUCGUUCUGUAUCCGUUUAUAUCCUUCACUUUUAGAUCUACUUUCGCUUUGAGUGGUACGUUUAUACAAGGAGUGUUGAAAUAGUGCGUUUCAGUUGUUAUUUCUCCGCGAAAACCUGUAGACUGCUGCAGAAUACGUCCAACCCUCGGGUAGUAAGCUUAUACAACUCAUAUUUAUAUUUCAUUUCACGCAUUCAGGGCUGAAGGGGCCGGUUGUGAAUAAAUCGUAAAGCACCUGCCACAUUCCGGUGCUCUUGCGGUGACUACCGGCUGUGUGUUCUGUCUAGUCUGGCUGCGCAGUCGUACGACUCCGGACAGCCCAUGAGGAGACCAACGGUGAGGAGAUCCUUCGCCCUCACGGAAGAUGUUCUACACACAAAAUUACUUUCCAGCAGGAAAAAAGGUAACUCCACAGCAGCAAGUUAAAGCGGUGGUGGUGCCCUUGGCUGUAACAAAGCUUCAAUGUUAGUUCCGCCAGAUUGGCCGAGUGUGCGAUGAAUAUCUCUCUGCGACUGCAGGGCUACUACAUGUAGUAUCUUUGGUUAAUUCAUUCUCAUGUUUGUAUGAUUUACAACCGCUGUAACGUAAAUUGUUUUUUCAAUAAAUGUAUGUACAUGUA